AUGGCCCUGUCCCUGGGAGCCGAGAUGUGGGGGCCCGAGGCCCUGCUGCUACUGCUGCUGCUGGCAUCAUUUACAGGCCGGUGCCGGCCAGGCGAGCUGGAGACCUCGGACCUGGUGACCGUGGUGCUGGGCCAGGACGCCAAGCUGCCCUGCUUCUACCGAGGGGACCCCGGCGAGCAGGUGGGGCAGGUGGCGUGGGCGCGGGUGGACGCGGGCGAGGGCCCCCGGGAGCUGGCGCUGCUGCACUUCCAAUACGGGCUGCACGUGAGCGCGGCCUACGAGGGCCGCGUGGAGCAGCCGCCGCCCCCUCGGAGCCCCCUGGACGGCGCGGUGCUCCUGCGCAACGCGGUGCAGGCGGACGAGGGCGAGUACGAGUGCCGCGUCAGCACCUUCCCCGCCGGCAGCUUCCAGGCGCGGCUGCGGCUCCGCGUGCUGGUGCCUCCCCUGCCCUCACUGAACCCCGGGCCAGCGCUAGAAGAGGGCCAGGGCCUGACGCUGGCAGCCUCCUGCACGGCAGAGGGCAGCCCAGCCCCCAGCGUGACCUGGGACACGGAGGUCAAGGGCACAGCGUCCAGCCGCUCCUUCAAGCACUCCCGCUCAGCUGCUGUCACUUCAGAGUUCCACCUGGUGCCCAGCCGCAGCAUGAAUGGGCAGCCCCUCACCUGCGUGGUGUCUCACCCUGGCCUGCUCCAGGACCAGAGGAUCACCCACAUCCUCCAAGUGGCCUUCCUCGCUGAGGCCUCUGUGAGGGGCCUUGAAGACCAAAAGCUGUGGCAGGUUGGCAGAGAAGGAGCUACACUCAAGUGCCUGAGUGAAGGGCAUCCCCCUCCCUCGUACAACUGGACACGGUUGGACGGGCCUCUGCCCAGUGGGGUCCGAGCGGAAGGGGACACGCUGGGCUUUCCUCCGCUGACCACAGAGCACAGUGGCAUCUAUGUCUGCCACGUCAGCAAUGAGCUCUCCUCCAGGGACUCUCAGGUCACUGUGGAUGUUCUUGACCCUCAGGAUGCCCCAGGGAAGCAGGUGGACCUGGUGUCAGCCUCCGUGGUGGUGGUGGGUGUGAUCGCUGCGCUCCUGUUCUGCCUUCUCGUGGUGGUGGUGGUGCUCAUGUCCCGUUACCACCGGCGCAAGGCUCAGCAGAUGACCCAGAAAUAUGAGGAGGAGCUGACCCUGACCAGGGAGAACUCCAUCCGGAGGCUGCAUUCCCAUCAUGCGGACCCCAGGAGCCAGCCGGAGGAGAGUGUAGGGCUGAGAGCCGAGGGCCACCCUGAUAGUCUCAAGGACAACAGUAGCUGCUCUGUGAUGAGUGAAGAGCCGGAGGGCCGCAGUUACUCCACGCUGACCACGGUGAGGGAGAUUGAAACACAGACGGAACUGCUGUCUCCAGGCUCUGGGCGGGCAGAGGAGGAGGAAGAUCGGGAUGAAGGCAUCAAACAGGCCAUGAACCAUUUUGUUCAAGAGAAUGGGACCCUGCGGGCCAAACCCACCGGCAAUGGCAUCUACAUCAAUGGGCGGGGGCAUCUGGUCUGA